AUGGCCGAGGUUCUAAGCAUACCCUCCCUCUUCGAUGUGAGCGGCAAAGUCGCGGUCGUGACCGGGGGAGGGUCCGGCAUAGGCAAGAUGAUUGCAUCUGCGUUCGUGCAGAACGGGGCAAAGGUGUACAUCGCUGCCCGCAAAGAACAGCAGCUGAAGGAGGUGUGCGACCAGCUGAAUGAGCAGGGCCCAGGCACCUGCCAGUACGUCGUGGCGGAUCUGUCGUCGAAAGCAGGCUGCGACAAGGUAGCGGCCUUCGUCAAAGAGAGGGAGCCGAAGGUUCACACCCUCGUCAACAAUUCCGGAACAAGCUGGGGCGCCGCCUAUGAGAACUUCCCUGAGAAAGAAGGGUGGGACCGCAUUUUGGCCCUGAAUGUCAAAAGUAUAUUCUACUUGACGGUAGGGUUGACCGCUGUCCUGGCAAAGGAUGCUACCAACGAAGACCCAGGACGUGUCAUCAACAUCUCGUCAAUCGCCGGCCUGACUCCCACACCCUACGAUCACCGAGUAUCGACCGACACGCACGGGUUGUGGAGUUAUAACACGAGCAAGGCGGCUGUGAACCACCUUACCACGCAGCUUGCGUCUACCUUGGCUUCCCGUUUCAUCACCGUGAACGCAAUCCUCCCGGGUAUCUUUCCAUCCAAGAUGACAGCGUUUGGCCUCAAGCGCGCAGGCGAAGACAGUAUCGCUGAAGAGAAUCCCAUGCGUCGGUUGGGAACAUCUCGCGAUAUGGCAGGCGUCGUGCUAUUCCUGGCGAGUUCCGCCGGGUCGUAUGUGACUGGCGCGCACAUCGUGGUGGAUGGGGGUUAUGUGAUCUCCACGAACAUGAAGGCCAAGCUUUGA